UCCCGAUUUGACGACGCGCUCCCCGCCUUCCCUUGACCCGCCCCGCCUCCAUCAAAAUCGGACCGGCAGGGCCUUAGGAAGCUCCACUGUCGUUGCUAGGAUUUGGAGAGAUGCCGCGGAAUCAGAUCGGCGACACGGUCUCCGGUGAAGUGAUGCCGCCGCCGAACCAAGUAGGGAAUCGGAGGCUCGGCCCGAUCUCCGGUGCAGAGGUGCUGCCGAAGCAAGUCAGUAAUCGGACGCCCGUGACGGUCCCUCCGCCGUCGAAGCAACGCAAGGAUCAGACGGUCCGCACGGUCUCCGGUGGAGCGGUGCUGCCGACGCAAGUUGGGGGUCGGACGCCCGUGUCAGUCCCUCCGUCGUCGCCCAACCAACUUGGAAAUCGGAGGGUCAGCACCGUCUCCGCUGGAGAGGUGCCGCCGAAGCAUGCUGGGAAUCGGUCGCCCUUGUCGGCCCAGCUGCCGCCAAAGCAACGCAGGGAUGAUCGGACGGUCUCCACGCUCUCCCAUGGAGAGGUGCUGCGGAAGCAAGUCGGGGACCGGACGCCCGUGUCGGUCCAUCCGGCGCCGAAGCAACGCAGGACUCAGACGGUCGGCCAGGUCUCCGGCAGACAACCCUUGCCGCAGCUGCACACCACACAACAAGGCAGACCGGCCAGCUCCUCGAAACCUAGUGCAUGUACGGCUCUUCGUGGCAACACUAGUGCGCAAGCUCGUAAGCCAUGUGCUGCUGCAACAAAAACUGUUGUACAAGUUAAGUCGAAGAAGAACAAAGAUAUAGAAGAAGGGGAGGACGAAAUCCGAAGGCUGAACGAAUUGGGAUUGGGAGAUAAUGUCAGCAAGAAAGAUUAUCGUGUUUAUCUCAACCAGUUGCCUGGCAGGCCUGAUGUCGAUAUUUCCACUAAGCUGGAUGCUGUGCAGCUCAAGGAGCUCAAUGUUCGCCAUGCGUUGUAUCGCCUCAAGUAUUAUCAGCUGUCACAAAACGUGCCUGAGGAUAAGCUUUGCUAUGAUAAAUUGAAAGAGGACUACCCCCCUAGCCGUCUUGAGGAGGAGAGAUUCUUUAAGUGCUAUGAGGAAGAUGGCAAAUUAGAUUGGUCUUUCCACACUGAUUACUGCAAGCUUGCUGGCCUGGAGGACUACCAACGGCUGGUCCCUCAAAAUUAUGGUGGUUAUGACUAUGUUCGUUGGGAUGAAUACCACAAUGAAUUUCAUAGCUAUGAGAUUGAACAAGAAUAUGUCAAGUAUUGUGAAGAAUUGUCCAAGAAACUUAAGUGGAUGGAAGCUUAUGUGCUAAAAGAACAAACAUCACUUAUGCGGGGAAUGAUUUUGACCAGAGGAACUUACCAAGCAAUGAAGAUCGCCACUGACUUCUCAAAGAUACAUGCGAACUUAGCCUUUUCUGGCUUCUAUGAGUGGUUCAAGAGCAUGGCUUUUGAUGUUACGAACUACAAAGAGUUCGAUGUACUCUAUUAUGAGAUUUGGCAGAGGUGCAAUCAGGAGAAGAAAUUCAGAGAUGCUUUGGAUGAGGUGUAUGAACUUAACAGGUUCCCAUUGAGCCAAAACAGAAUGAGAUGUGCACUGGAGAAUGACACAUUCUGCUCGGAAUUCGAAGAGGAGUUUCUUGGUUUCACAGCUUGCCUCAAGGAAUUUGCAGAGGACAAAAGCAAGAUCACUGAGGAUAAAGCCCUGGAGUUGAUUGCAGAGGCACUUAGAAAGGAGACGCCGAAACCAAAGUUCUAUGAGGAUUAUUGUAGGAAGAAGAUAGAUAUUGCUCAAGCUAUUGGAAUAAUUCCCAGCGUACCGGCUUAACUGUUGAUCUUCCUGAUUCACACCAUUUCAUUUAUCAAGUUAGAUAUGCAGCCCAACUGCCACUAUUAGACAGUACGGAGUAUAUACUAAGUAAAUGGCACGUGCCAUGCGCAUGUAGAAUUCAGGGAAUGUAACUUAAAAAGUUGGAUAUUUUUCAUGCUCCCUUUUUCUUGGUGAUUACUCUUCAUCUGAUGACCAUCGACUGUACAGAAACGCUACAAGAGUGUUUAGCUUCUGUUGGGUACUUAAGCGACUACGCGAGCAUGGUGAUCAAAAGCUCCUCCAGUCUAAGGACUUAGUCUUUAAUCCAACUGCAAUGGCAACUCACAGGACCAUUCAUUACCACCCACAUGACUGUCCUGUAACGUUGAAAUUUUG